UUUGUGUGUUUAGGAGCGCAUGUGGUUCAGUGGCAGAUGAACGACCGUGAUCUCUUCUACAGGUGAAUGUGCGAUCAUUACAUAUUAUCGCUAUUCGGCAAGGUCACACGGCGCCUUGCCUGGAACAUUGACAGGGAUCUCGUUUAAUCCCGACUGUAAUCUGUCUGUGUGCACGAAUUUGGGUGCGUGUGUAUAUGUUCUGUGUGCGCGUGCGUUCCUCAUAUGAAUAAGCGGCGCCAGGCAUGUGGUGAGGCGCGGGAGGGUGCAGACAUGAGCGCCGCUGGCCAGGACGAGGCCCCGCCAGACACUCGCGACGAGGACGUUGCCCGCGCGGACGGGGGCCAGGCGGGCGCGGAGGCGGCAGUCGAGGCACGCGUGGCGGAGGCGAGGGCCGCCUUCGACGAGCUCCGCGCGCUCCUGCGGCUGAACAUUGCCAACAUCGAGCCCACGAGCCCUGGUCCCGCGGAGAUCCUGCCGCACCUCCUGCUCGGCUCCUGCGCCGACGCCAGGAACCUCGAGGUGCUCUCCAGGCUGCGGGUCACUCACGUGCUGAACUGCGCUGGGGCCUCCGUGCGCACCGGGGAGGCGUUCUACGCCUCCCUGGGCAUGCAGUACCAGGAGUUCCAGGCCGAGGACUCGCAGGGCCAGAACAUCAUGCAGCACUACGAGACGCUCGCCAGCGCAGCCGACGCCGCGCUGGAGGCCGGCGGCCGCCUCUUCGUGCACUGCGAGGCCGGCGUGAACCGCAGCGGCUGCCUCUGCAUCGCCUACCACCUGGUGCAUUCGGGCGCCCCGCUGCUGGAGAGCGCGAGGCACUGCAAGGGGCGCCGCGGGCGCAUCUGCACCAACGAGGCCUUCCAGAGGCAGCUGUUCGCCUUCGCGCUGGAGCGGCGCUUGCCCCUGCGGUGAGAGAGGAGCUGAACGCCUCGGGGGACGCGGGCCUGGGGCACGACGUGUGCCCUUCUAGGCCCGCGGAUGGCGGCGCCACGGAUCGCGGCGCUUCGCGUGGCCCUGUACAACCCGCUCUCGAUCCUGGAGGCCCAGAGGCUGAACCACAUCUGGCGUACAAUACGGGCUGGCAUCCUCCUCCUCCCGGGGACUCGUAUGAGAGCCACGAGGGGCCAAGCUGUCACAAGGAUGUCUCUGGGCGGGGGGGCCUUCGCCCUGAACGCGGGGUGGUGCCCAAGACCAUUCUCGAACAGUUCGGCUGGAUGCACCAUCUUGAUGGGGAACACGUUCAGG